AUGCACCCGAUGACAUGGAGUCUCGUCGCCGCACUCUGGGUUGAGCGAGUCGUCUCGGCGACGUGCCCCAACAAGACGGCGUCGCCACUGGCCGUCCCCAUCAGAGACACCCAGGUCGACCCCAGCAUCGCGAACUCGACCAUGAGGGGGAUACCAGCCAAGAUCGGCACGCCGCCCCAGGACAUCGUCAUGAUCCCAUGGCCCGAUCUGAACAACACCUACAUCUACGACGCUCAGUCCCCGUGCAACCCCAACGUCGUCGCGAACGACGUCGUGUGUCGCAUCCGUCGAGGAGGCGAGUACCAAGAGGCGAAUUCAUCCAGCUUCGCCAAGUCGUCGGAUCUCGUCGCGGCCGGAGGCGCGACGCAGGAAAUCACCACGCGCGGCUCCGAGGCGGGCGUGCCCAAGCUCAUCUCGACCAGCCUGGCCGGCACCGAAGUGCUGCAGGUCAACGGCACCAACGCCACGGCCUUCCCCAUCGGCAUCCCGCGCCAGAUAUGGGACAACGGCUACACGACGCUGCACGUGCUGGGGCUGGGGUCGAACUCGACGUACCUCGACGCGCUGGUGCGGGCGGGGCAGAUCCCGGGGCGCGCGUGGUCCGUCUUCUGGGGCCGCAUGUGGACGGGCAGCAGCGCGACCGACAUGGACGGGUCGCUGGUGCUGGGCGGGUACGACGAGGAGAAGGUCAUCGGGCGCAACUUCACGCAGCCGCUCGACUACUCCGAAGAGACGGGCUGCUGGACCGGCAUGAAGGUGACCGUGUCCGACAUGGUGCUCAACUUCCGCAACGGCACCGACGCGAGCAUCAUGCCGCACAACUCGGCCGUGCAGUGCUGCAUCGUGCCGCAGCGCCAGCUGCUGUGGGAGGCGCCCACCGACAUCGUCGGCCAGUUUGAGGAGGCCACGGGCACCGUCGACGCCGGCUACUCGCUCGGUCUGAACCGCGACGCGAGGCUGAUCAACAUGACGGCGACUCCCAAUAUCUUCGACGGCGACGUAACCUUCGUCCUCUCCUCGGGCCUGCAGGUCCGCGUGCCCAACGACCAGUUCAUCGUGCCGCACGCCGACUUCCUCGACAGCGGCGAGCGGUCCGUCAACCAGUCGCAGAAAGAAAUCCUCAUCGCGCCCGUCGACAGCAACCCGGCCACGCUGGGCCGCGCCUUCUUCACCGCCGCCUACCUGCUCGUCGACCACGACGACCGCUCCUUCACGCUGUGGCAGGCCAACCCGACCACGCGGAGCAAACUGGUCGCUGCGCCGGGCAGCAGCAGCGGCAAGGCGGCCGGCUGCGGCGGGGUUGGUGGUGGCCAGGGCGAUGCCGGGGACGGAUCCGGAGCGGGAUCCAACAAGGACGCGACCAUCCAAGGGCGGGGCGUCAGCGCCGGCGUGAUUGCCGGGGCGGCGGUGGGCGGCGCGGCGGUGCUGGCGGGCAUCGUGGCGCUGGUGUUUUUCCUGCGGCGGCGGAGGAAGAGGAACAGGGAAGGCGAGAUGGCGCCCGCCGGCCCGCUGCCGCAGCCGGACCGGGCGCGCGGAAGCGCGGAGGGGGCGGUGCCCGGGUCGAUGCCCAAGCUGGCCGAGAUGCGCGCGGACGAGUACCACCGCCCGCAGGAGGUGCAUGGGGAGUCGUUGGCGCCGCCGGGUGCGGGCCUGCAGGAGACGGGGCGGCCGCUGACCUUUGAGUUGGACGCGGCGGAGCAGCGUCGGUGA